CUUUCUCUGACUUCAGUCUCAUUGAAUCAAGUGCACUAGAGUCUUUGGCCGGUCCUCCUAAAUACCUUUCCUAGUCAACAGCCCAAACUCCUACUCGGCCUGCCAUUCUAUCAUGGCCACAAACCCUCCAGAGACAAAAUCUCAAGCCGAGUCGUUGGUUCCUCAAUUCCAACUCGAAAGAGUGCUCAAUCAAGACCAAAAUGGCCGGCGUAUAUCCCUCCUGGGCGCAAUCUCGUCCCAACCGGCCGUCAUCACACUCGAAAGGGCCGCGUUCCCCACGGACUCGACACUCGUCACGCAACUACUGUCGUCCCUCACCAACACGACCAACCUCGGAGCCAACGACAUCUACAGAUGGUACAUGGCCGACCGAAGAGCCAAUUUCGCGCCGUCUUCAGAGACUGGGUCGGUCUCUCCAGUCUUACCACAAAUGCACGACCUGAAACUGAAUCUCAUCUACCCUUGCACACCGAAACACGUGCAAAAGUACUCUUCACAGCGUGUUCGCAUGGUCACCGAAACCCCCGACGUUUACAGUCGGCACGUCCGCCCUUACAUGUCCAGCCAACGCGCGGCGGGCCGACUCGACUGGGUCUUUAACAUUCUCGAAGGUCGGACGGAGCAAGAAGACGUCAUCGCCCGGUGCGACUGGGACUCUCCUUCCAAUUCCGGGUUUCUCAUCCUACCCGACCUCAACUGGGACCGCAAGACCGUACAGGGGAUGCACUUACUCGCCCUCGUUCAGCGGCGGGACAUCUGGUCCCUCCGGGACUUGAAAAAGAAGCACAUCCCUUGGCUCAGGGCCGUACGGAACCAGGUCAUCAAAACCGCCACCACCAAAGUUUUCCCAGCCGGCCAGGUCGAGCCCGACGAAUUGAAGUGUUAUGUCCACUAUCAACCCACCUACUACCACUUCCACAUCCACGUCGUACACGUCAUGCUGGAGGCCGGCACCACCCAGAGCGUCGGCAAGGCCUUUGGGCUCGCCAACAUCAUCUCCCAACUCGAGUCCAUGGCCGGGGACGACGACGAGACGGGCAUGGACGGCGUGGACCUGACGUACUUCCUGGGCGAGGAGAAUGAGUUGUGGAAGAAGUGCUUCGGACGCAUGAAAAGUGGUGACGAGGUUGAUUUGAACGUGAAAUAAACCACAAUUGCACGGCGUCUUGGGUGGGAGUGUGUUCGUUUAAUCGAACAGACCAGAUUCGUCGAACGGUAGAUUUGAGACUAGGCGACCUCUUACCUCAGACGUUUAUUAGACCUGGGCUUUCAUGCGGGUUGUGAGGAAAUGGAUUGUCCAAGAAGGAACAAUGGGCAAUUGCGUUACGAGCCCCGGAAUGAAAAAUAUAAAUCGCUACAAGUUCAAGAAUGGGCCAUGUUUUCAAUGUCCACAGAAUCAUGCACGGGAGACAUGACAGGAUGCAUAUAUCUGCAUGUUUUAUGUAGAAACAAAAGCCCCUCGAGGGAACUAGACCGGUCUAGUAUGACAUAGAUG